AGCUGUUAAUUUUUGAAAAAAGUAAAGAAGUGAAACUGAUCAAUUUCUUACACGUGCUCAAAAUCAAAUCAUGAGCUUGAAAAUAUUCAAUACCAUUUCAACAGCUACCAUUUCGCAGAAAAAAGAUUAAGUAGGUAGGUACUUGAAAUAUUGAUUGCAUACGAGCAGAUACAAAGUACCGAUAUCAAAAUGAACUAGCCUUGAUUUGCUUCAAAAAGGGUACACGAUGUGUCAGUAUUUAAAUUCAUAGCAUCAUAGGUAGUUUUAGAAACAGAAGAAACUUCGAAAUGCAAAUGUACAUUCAUAUUGCUUCACUAGUGUUGACUUUAUUUAUAUUUUGCACGAGAAAACUGAAUCAUAAAUCCUCAACCAUAUUGAUCAUUCUGUUCUCAAUUUCGACGUUUCAAAUUAUAACACAUUUCAGAACCAUCGUGAAAAAAGACCAACCAGAAAACACACCGCAAUCAUCGAGUAAAUCGUACAAAAAAUACGAAGAAACAGAAAAACCUCCAUUAAAAUGGGACUUUAAUGAAAGAUACGAAUACAACUACGAAAGAGGACUGAGAAUAUCGCCAUCAGCGUGGGAGUUUUAUGAGAAAUACUACGAUGAAAAAAAAUCAAGAACACCAUCGUCACCAUGGGACUUCGAUGAAAAUGAUCAAGAAGAAAUAAAACAACAAUUUGUAGUGUGGACAGCAUGGUUUGAGAUGUUUUUACCAAAUAAGCGUCAUUAUCUAGGACAUAUGCUCCAAUUAAUCGAAGAUGAAGACAUGACAGUGCCUCUGUUUUGCAUAUAUGUAGCUGAAUUGUACGUCAUUACCGAUAAGCUCAUGGAACGUAUAGAGCAACUCGUACUAGGCAAUGGUAGCAGGUACUCGAGCGCAGAACCUAAUGAACUGAAUCAAUUUCUAGACCAUCCGAAAUAUAUCAAAACGUGUAAAAUAAUGCAAAAGACAGAAGGAAAAUUAUCGUUUAAACUCGACGGCGUAGAAGAAAAGGAAAUACUAAUACUGUAUGAUGAUGAUGAAGGAGCGAAAUUUGUAUGCAAGGAAUUAUUGAAGUUCAAGAAUUUGAUGUAAGAAGGACAGGCAGACCAACAUGGAAGGUGAAAAGAAGCUUUCUGAUGUUUUUUGUGUUAUUUGAGAUCAUAAGAUGAAAAUUAGCCUUUAAUAAAUCAAGUAUUCACGCAA